ACUCAAAUGAAACCAAACAGUUGUAACUGUUCAGCAGCUCCCAAACCUUUUUCCAAUCUUCCUGUAAGAACAGAGCCAUGGACUCCACGGAUCAGUUUGACAACAGCCCUCUGCUAGACGGAGACGGCUCAUCACGAGAGAAUACAACAGAAUAUACAGGUGAUGGAUCUGUUUGCAUCAGUGGGCAUCCUGCUUGCAGAAAACAUACAGGGAAUUGGAAGGCCUCCUUCUUAAUCAUAGUCUGUUCACUCUGCUGUUAUCUUGCAUAUUCUUCCAUUGGAAAAAACCUUGUCAGUUAUCUCACAAAAGUCCUACAUGAAACAAAUUUGGAUGCUGCAAGACAUGUUGCAACUUGGCAAGGUACUAGCUAUCUCGCGCCUCUGGUUGGAGCCUUCGUUGCCGAUUCAUAUCUGGGAAAGUACCGGACAGUUUUGAUCGCCUGCAUGAUUUUCAUUAUUGGAAUGAUGAUGUUGCUUCUAUCAGCAGCACUUCAAUUAAUCUCAGCCGGUCCUCACGCUUGGACUGUUUUGGUACAUCUAGUCUCUUCUCAGUACACCAUAUUCUUGGUUGGGUUGUACAUGGUGGGUUUAGGGUAUGGUGCACAGCGCCCUUGUGUCACGUCUUUUGGAGCCGAUCAAUUUGAUGACACCGAUUAUGUGGAGAAAACCAGAAAGAGCUCCUUCUUCAAUUGGCAUUAUUUUGCAAUCAAUGCUGGUUCAUUGAUUGCUGGGACUGUUAUUGUCUGGGUUCAAGAACAUGAAGGCUGGCUCUGGGGUUUUACAAUUUCAACACUGUUUGUGACUUUAGGUGUAUGUAUUUUUUUCUUGGGCUCCAUCGUGUAUAGAUUUCAGAAGCCUGGAGGAAGCCCUCUGACAAGACUAUGCCAGGUUGUCAUUGCAGCUACUCGGAACUUUGAUAAAGUUUUGCCAUGUGAUUCCUCAGCUCUUUAUGAGUUUAUGGGGCAAGGCUCGGCAAUCGAAGGCAGGCGGAAAUUGGAGCAUACAACUGGACUUGAGUUCUUUGAUAAAGCUGCAAUUGUGACAUUACCUGACUGUGAAUCUCCUGGCCAACAUAAUAAAUGGAAGAUUUGCACUGUCACUCAGGUAGAGGAGUUAAAGAUUCUGAUCAGGAUGUUUCCAAUUUGGUCGGCAAUGGUAUUGUUUGCUGCAGUUCAGGAACAGAUGUCUUCAACAUUUGUAGAGCAAGGGAUGGCAAUGGAUAAACACAUCGGGUCUUUCGAAAUACCUGCUGCAUCCUUCCAGUGUGUAGAUACAAUUACUGUCGUUGUACUGGUUUCAAUUUAUGAGAGACUCAUUGUUCCAGUAAUUAGAAAAUUUACUGGCAGAGCGAAUGGCAUUACGUCACCACAGCGAAUAGGGAUUGGUUUAUGUUUCUCGAUGUUCUCAAUGGUGUCAGCAGCAUUGGUGGAGGGUAACCGGCUACAGAUUGCACAGGCCGAAGGUUUGGUGCACCGCAAGGUGGCUGUUCCGAUGAGCAUCAUGUGGCAAGGACCCCAGUACUUCCUGCUAGGCGUCGCCGAGGUGUUCUCCAAUAUUGGGCUAACUGAGGUUUUCUAUGAUGAAUCUCCAGAUGGCAUGCGAAGCUUAUGUAUGGCAUUCUCGCUUGUUAACAUGUCGGUUGGAAAUUACCUUAGUUCAUUUAUCCUUUCCCUUGUGCCAGUAUUCACAGCCAGAGGAGGCAGCCCAGGGUGGAUACCUGAUAACUUGAAUGAAGGGCAUUUGGAUAGAUUCUACCUGAUGAUGGCUGGGCUGAGUUUUUUGAAUAUAGUAGUCUUUGUAUUCUGUGCUAUGAGGUACAAAUGUAAGAAGGCUUCCUGAUCCUCAUUGACCUCUGCAAUAUGGCGAAGCGUGUGUAGAAAUUGUACUGUGGUAUAUAUCAUCAUGUGCAAAGGUAAACUAUGCCGCAGGUAAUUGCAAUGCCGCAUAUCUCGUCUCGUGUAAAAGCACCCUUGGCUGAGCCCAACAUGAUACCAUUUGUCAUCUACGGGUGUUGUGCAAUCAAACACAGUCUUCUUCCUCACGAUCUUCCCUCCCCCCAAGUGGUUGAUUGACAAAGGUAAUAAGCUUAUGCAUGAAGCUGCCUCGGCUACAUCCCCUGAAGUGGAAGCAAGAUCUGUUGGACACUGCUUUUCUGAAGAAGGAGCAUGUUGUAGUAGUUAUUUCAGUGAUGUGGGCAAUUUGGAGCAAUAGAAAUAUGUAUAUGGAGAAUCUCAAUACCAGACACUGAAUAUCAAUGGAGUUGAUGAGUUGAUUACAUCACUUGAUAUUCCAAGGGGUGAUACAGUGGACAUGAACUCAUAAAGGAACGUUAGAGGUACCACCGCAGGGCUGGGUAAAACUGAACUGUGAUGGGGCGACCGACCAGGCCACGGGAGAUGCAGGAGCCGGAGUGGUGGCUAGGGAUGAUCGGGGGUCCUUAUUUGCGAGAUACUCUAAAUACCCUGCUAAGGAGGACCCAUUCAUAGCCGGAAUCCUAGCUUGUCGUGAUGCUAUGAAACUUGCUAUGGUAGACCGUUAUCACAUGUGAUCGUGGAAUCGGAUUCCGUCCAUUUGCACAAUAUGGACACUAGGAAAUUAUAGGUCUGUCGAAGGCCAAGUUUGUAGAGAGAUGGACUCUUAUCUCUCAUCCUCUAAGGGAUUUGAUCUAGUC